AUGUCAGCAAACAACUCUUCUCCCCCAUCCUUACAGAAGUUUUCCCCACCUUCGUGUCAUGCUGCUGCACUGCAAACCCCAACUUUGUCUUCAAGUCCCCAGUCGGGGCUCUCCAGUCGACUCUCCAAUGGCAGUUUCAGUACCCAGAGCCUCACCAAUUCUCGGGGCUCUAUGCAUGGCGUCUCCUUCCUUCUGCAGAUUGGUCUCACUCGGGAGACUGUCACCAUUGAAGCUCAGGACCUGUCCCUCUCUGCUGUUAAAGACCUCGUGUGCUCUAUAGUUUACCAGAAGUUCCCAGAGUGUGGUUUCUUUGGCAUGUAUGACAAAAUUCUUCUCUUUCGUCAUGACCUGAACUCAGAUAAUAUUUUGCAACGGAUUACAUCAGCAGAAGAGAUACAUGAGGGAGAUCUUGUUGAGGUUGUACUUUCUGCUUUGGCUACAGUUGAAGAUUUCCAGAUUCGUCCUCAUGCACUUUAUGUGCAUUCCUACAAGGCUCCUACUUUUUGUGACUACUGUGGAGAGAUGCUUUGGGGUUUGGUACGACAAGGAUUAAAAUGUGAAGGUUGUGGGUUAAACUACCAUAAGCGAUGUGCCUUCAAGAUUCCAAAUAACUGCAGUGGAGUGAGAAAGAGGCGUCUGUCUAAUGUGUCUUUACCGGGAGCAGGGCUUUCAGUUCCAAGACCAGCACAGGCUGAAUACACAUCUUCUGCCUCUGAAGAAGUAUGUAAUCGCUGCUGCCCAGAACCUAGUAAGAGGAUUCCCUCCUGGAGUGGCCGUCCCAUCUGGAUGGAGAAGAUGGUGCUUUGCAGAGUGAAGGUUCCGCACACCUUUGCUGUUCACUCUUACACUCGUCCCACCAUAUGCCAGUAUUGCAAACGGCUGCUCAAGGGCCUUUUUCGCCAAGGAAUGCAGUGUAAAGAUUGCAGAUUCAACUGUCACAAACGCUGUGCGCCUAAAGUACCCAGAGACUGUCUUGGAGAGGUGGUUUUCAAUGGAGAACCUGCUAGCCCAGGCCAGGACUUGGACAUGCCAAUGGAAGUUGAUAGCAGUGAAAUGAACAGUGAUGGUAGUCGGGGUCUAGAUGAUGCUGAAGAGCCCUCUCCUCCAGAGGACAAAAUCUUCUUUAUGGAUCCAUCUGACCUAGAUGCAGACAAAGACGAGGAAGCUGUCAAAACCAUCAGUCCUUCAACAAGCAAUAACAUUCCUCUCAUGAGAGUUGUACAGUCGAUCAAGCACACAAAGAGGAAGAGCAGUACAAUGGUGAAGGAAGGAUGGAUGGUCCACUAUACUAGUAGAGACAAUCUGAGAAAAAGACAUUAUUGGAGACUGGACAGCAAAUGCCUCACCCUAUUUCAAAAUGAAUCUGGAACAAAAUAUUACAAGGAGAUUCCACUUUCAGAAAUUCUCCAGGUGACUCAGCCUCGAGAUUUUUCAAACGUGGUGCAGGGCAGCAACCCAUACUGUUUUGAGAUCAUCACUGACACGAUGGUGUACUUUGUUGGCGAAAACAAUGGCAGCAGUCAUCACAGUCCUGUUCUUGCUGCCACCGGAGUUGGACUUGACGUAGCUCAGGGCUGGGAGAAAGCCAUUCGUCAGGCUUUGAUGCCAGUCACUCCUCAAGCUAGCGUUUGCACUGCUGCAGGACAAGGAAAAGAUCACAAAGAGUUAUCUCUAAGCAUCUCUGUUUCAAAUUGCCAGGUGCAGGAGAAUGUGGAUAUCAGCUCUGUGUACCAAAUAUUUGCUGAUGAAGUGCUGGGUUCUGGUCAGUUUGGUAUUGUAUAUGGAGGAAAACAUAGGAAGACUGGAAGAGAUGUGGCUAUCAAAGUCAUUGACAAGAUGAGGUUUCCAACUAAACAGGAAAGUCAGCUUCGUAAUGAAGUAGCCAUUCUCCAGAAUUUGCACCACCCUGGGAUUGUGAACCUGGAAUGUAUGUUUGAAACCCCGGAACGCGUCUUCGUUGUGAUGGAAAAGCUGCAUGGGGAUAUGCUAGAGAUGAUUCUUUCCAGCGAGAAAAGUCGACUUCCAGAACGAAUAACUAAGUUCAUGGUCACUCAGAUACUUGUUGCUUUGAGGAAUUUACACUUCAAGAAUAUUGUGCACUGUGAUUUAAAACCAGAAAAUGUACUACUAGCAUCAGCAGAGCCAUUCCCUCAAGUGAAGCUGUGUGAUUUUGGCUUUGCACGUAUCAUUGGUGAAAAAUCUUUCAGGCGCUCUGUGGUGGGGACACCUGCUUAUCUUGCCCCUGAAGUGCUCAGGAGUAAAGGUUACAACCGCUCUCUAGACAUGUGGUCCGUAGGAGUUAUUGUCUAUGUGAGCCUUAGUGGUACAUUCCCGUUUAAUGAAGAUGAGGAUAUAAAUGAUCAGAUUCAAAAUGCAGCAUUUAUGUACCCACCAAAUCCUUGGAAGGAAAUUUCUAGUGAAGCCAUUGAUUUAAUAAACAAUUUGCUUCAAGUGAAGAUGAGAAAACGUUUCAGUGUUGACAAAUCCCUUAGUCACCCAUGGUUACAGGAUUAUCAGACUUGGCUUGACCUCAGAGAAUUUGAAACACGCAUUGGAGAGCGUUACAUUACCCAUGAGAGUGAUGAUGCACGCUGGAAAGAACAUGCUUAUGAACACAACCUCGAGUACCCCCAGCAUUUUAUUAUGGCUCCUAAUCCAGAUGACAUGGAAGAAGACCCUUGAUUUGUUCCUUAUGCUAAAUCGCAGCGCAGAAGGACACUCCAGACAGAAACCGAAGCUAAGUUUUGGAACAACUGUUGCUCUUUCUGAAUGCUGUGCACGUAGUUGAGUAUACAAAGCACCAGA